GCAAACUCCAAAACAGGAAAGCACAGCCUUUCUGGGGGUAGCCUGACAUAAAACGGCUCACGUGAUUUGGUAUUAUAGUCCAUAUGAAACUACAAUGGCUGUCACAAGUGGAAUCGCUUCUAUAUUCUGCUUUGGUUUAUUUAUUUUUUGGCACCUUUUGCAUUCAGUCAGUGCUAUCCAUACAAAAGGCGCGCUUACUCUGGACGUCAUCACUUUUUAUAAGGUUAUUCCUAAGCAUAGCUUUGUACUGGUGAAGUUUGACACUCAGUACCCUUAUGGAGAGAAACAAGACGAGUUCAAAAAACUUGCUGAGAAUUCAUCUUCUGCACGGGACUUUCUCAUUGCAGAGGUUGGCAUAUCAGAAUAUGGAGAGAAGGAAAAUGCUGAGCUUGGUGAGUGGUACAAGAUAGAUAAAGCACAGUAUCCUGCCUAUUACAUGUUUGUUAAUGGUAACAUAGAGAAACCUAUAAAGUACACAGGAGAGAUCAAAGCUGAUGCAAUCCAGAGAUGGGUCAAAAGUAAAGGGGUAUGGGUUGGUCUCCCUGGCUGCCUCGAGGAAUUCGAUGCUCUUGCAACAGAGUUUCUGGAUGCUGCUACCAAAGAUGAGCAAACAAAGGUGCUGGAAAAAGCAGAGAUUAUGCUUAGCAAAACUGAAGAGCCCAACAAGAAGUCAGCUGAGCACUACCACAAGAUCAUGAGUAAAGUUCUAGAGCAAGGAGAGGGCUUCAUUUCCAAAGAAAUCGAGAGGAUUUCAAAAAUGGUAGCGAACACAAAAAUGAGUGAUGCUAAGAAGCAAGAUUUGCAGAAGCGUUUGAACCGGUUAAGCUCAUUUCAAGCAAAAAAUACUGAGAAAGAUGAACUUUAAAAUUUUAACAAAUUGUAAAAGAUCUAAGACAAAAGGUUUAAUGAAAAUAAAUAAAUAUCAGUCAUUCCUGUAUUGCAAAACAAAGCAAACACCCCAGAGGCACACUUAGGUUUGUCCAGAAAUAAAUUUAAUCCAUAAACAAUUAGUCACAAUCCGGGGUGUUUGCUUUGUUUUUGAAGUUUGUUUUUUCACCCAGUUGAGCAAUGUUUGUGUUUGUUUGAUUCCUGUAUUGCAUACGAUUACCACUGUUGCAGUACUCUUCUUUCCAGAUUUCAGUCAUUUGACAUUUUAUGCUAAUUUGGAAAAAAAUCUUCUUGUAACUGAAAUGUGCUUUUUUUUCCAGAGUUUUGAAUUUACUUUAACAUUUUUUUAAAUGUUUACACUGUUCCUGUUGACAUGUAGCCAGUGCUUUGCUGAAUGAAAAUGUAAGAUACUGAUGUCACAGUGACUGCUGUCUUUUAUUUGAGAUACUUAUAGAAAAUGUAAUGAAAGUAAACCCAGACAUUAAUCCUACUGAUGUAAACUAGUAGCAAUUAUACUUCUGCUUGCACAUUCAGAAACGUUUUAGUUCAUUGUACGACAGUCUUGAAGUUUCUGUAAAGAUUUUUUUUAAUACAAAAUGUUGAUUAUCCUGCUGCAGAAGCUUAGUUAUUUGGUCAUACCUGUAUCUUCGCUUCACAUUUAAAAAGGGAACUAGCUGCCUUGCAUAAUGCUGUGCAGUGUCAAAAUAGCAUUGUGAGAGGUUAGAAAAUGCAGGUAUACUUUCCCAUUAGAGUUACCAAAUUAACUGGAGAAGUCAUUUCAUGAUUCAUUGCCUCAGGUCACCUACAUGGAUAAUGGGUUAAAGUGGGAUGUAGUAUAAACUGCACUGAGGUAUCUAAUUUGGAUUUGUGGUAUGUAAAUACUCCUGAGACUGAAAAUGUGUUAAUCAAAUAGUACACUUAGUCAAUGCUAUCACCACAUUUCCAUGUUGUUGUUAUGAACUAAGACAGUAUUCAGAUUUUUGUACAAAAAUUAAUUUGCCUGUUUUGUGGUAUUUCACAUUUUACAGCUCAUGUAUUCUUUUUGCAAACUUUGUUUACCGCUUUUAAAACAUAUAUGUCUUGUGCGAGUUUUUUUUUUUUUUUUUUGGUGUGACUAGGCACAUUACUCACACAGUUGUGACCCUACCUGUUUUGUUGCAUGUGUGUACAGUAUUGGCCAUUUUUGUUGAGCUUUGUGAAAAUGACAGUAAAAGAGGUAUUGUAUACCCAGAAUGCUUGUACAUCUCAUAGUGUAUAAAUUGUGGAUUUUAUGCAAAUUUCCCAUAUUAAUGACCACAGUAACUCAAAAGCAUAUAACUGCAUAGUGCCAAGUGGUUUCUUUUUGGCUGCAGUUUUAACCAGAUUUGACUAAAAUGGCAUAAAAACCCUAGUCUUCUGAUGUGUAAUAGUCACUGGAUAUGAGACAUCUGCAUCCAUUUCUGGUCUGUAAAUGUUUCAAGCAGUGAUAAAGAGUGCAAUUUUUUUUUCAAUAGUUGUAGAUUUGAUAACAGUACGAAAGCAUCCAGAAAUCUCCUCCGAGAAAUCCUUUCAAUUCUUAACAAGUUUCAGUUGUAUGAUCUGCUCCUUCACGCAGUAAAUGGCAGCUUUAUAAGCUUUAUAACCUUCCUGUAAUAUGAAUUAUUCCGCAUUAAGAUUUUUACUUUCUAACAUUAAGCACCAUUUAAUUGCAGAGAGGUUACUUUUCUGUGUUUAUCAGUUAAAACACUGUUGCAUCUAUGCAGUUGUUAUUAAACAUUUUCUACAUGAA